AUCCAUCGAAGGCAUCAGUCGACUGGACUUCGCCGGUCGGGCCUGUUAACGAGUCAAUAAGCGGAUUAUAGUACCGAAAUUUAUUGGCACCCGUUUCGGUUAUUAUUCGACACCCGAUUCAGCGAUCCUAUUCAGGAGCAGCAACGCAACGGUGCUUCCCAUGGUUAACCGGGCGGUUGAGUGUGUGUUGAACGAGCAGAGCGCUAUUUGUCCGGAAAAUGUCACUUCGGACGACGAUGUCGUCGUCGUCUACUUUGCUGCCGGUCUGGCUUCUGACGUUCGUCGUGACGCAUCUAUCAAUUCACUCGGGAUGCAGCGCUGCCGGAGUUGCACAACACCCAAGGCAUUCGACACUCCCGAACAUAACGUCAGCCCGACAGUUGAAAGCAUUUGUAUCCGAUUUCGGCCAUCUGGUUCAUAACGCCGAGCAGCGUUUAGGUCCCCUGCACAAAUCCGCCUCAUCGUUGCAGAAAAAGUUUGACGUAUAUUCCAAUCGAACGGCUCGCCGCGGCUGGCCAUCGGAACAAAUGCAGCACAUCGCAGAAGGUGACUUGCGCUUCGAAGCUCAUCGCUUGAGGGAUCGAAUUCGAGCCUACGGUCACCAGAUGGAGCAAUUCAAACCGGCGGUGCAGUACCUGCGGGAUCCUUCGUUGCGUAGUUUGGUGGCGCGGGAUGCACCAACCAAGCAGCAAAUGGAGCAGAACGUGAAAUUCUACGAAAUGAUUAUGAACCUGAUUCGGAAUUUUAUUGAGUGCCCGGUACAUAUUCUGGAGCUUCUGGGUGGUCCGGAUAGUGGUGAGAAUGCUGAUUCAAAUGAACCCGACGAACCUGCAGCAGAGGCACAUGUUUAUCCUGAAUAUUACUGAGUGCAGUCAUUUUCAUUGAAUAUUACUCUGUUUAUAAAGUAAAUGGACAAAUAAAUAUUUAUAUUGUUGACAGUAGUACCGCUAAGCUCAUUGAAGGGUACUUCACUCAGAAGAAAGCUUAAAUUUGUUUUCUUACUUUUAGCCUUUUAGCCAAUUGAUUACAAAUAAAAGGAAUAAAAAUAGAAAUGCGGUUCUAAUAAGAUCGACUUGGGCAAAGUAGGAG